AGAAAUAAAAACCGUAGAAAGUGCGGUCGCCGGUUGGACGUCAGUUGGUGUCUCACGUGCCCUUCAGUCCGCUGGAAGGAGCUUCAGCUGCCAAACAUCGUCUGAAGUUCAGAGACUGAGAAUCUGAAUCAUGGCUGCCCAGGUGGCCGAGUCCGACCAGAUCAAACAGUUUAAGGAGUUUUUGGGGACGUAUAACAAGGUGACGGAGAACUGCUUCAUGGACUGUGUCAAAGAUUUCACCACCAGGGAGGUGAAGACGGACGAGUCGAGCUGCUCCGAGUCGUGUCUGCAGAAGUAUCUAAAGAUGACUCAGCGGAUCUCGAUGCGCUUCCAGGAGUACCACAUCCAGCAGAACGAGGCGCUGGCCGCUAAAGCCGGGCUGCUGGGACAGCCGCGCUGAACCAGGCCGGACCAGACUAGAGAUGUUCUGAUACAGAGACCGGUCUCUCUACCAUAGUUAAAACAUAUAAAUAUAUAUACACACCAUCUGUUGUUGAACACGCUGCUAUCAGAACAUCUCUGGACCGGACCGGUCUGACUACAGAACUGUUUUACCUCCAACACUGAUCUGUCAGCUGUUCUGUCCCAAAGCAUCAUGGGAGAUGUAGUUUAGAAAGCGGACGAGACAGAUUUCUGUAACUGUUUCCUUUCAUGUUUGUAUUUAAUUCUUCAUGUACUAUUUUUAUUAAACAUGAACUCGAGUUCCUUU